AUGAGUGGCCAGUCCGAACCUGCGGAGAGGGUUUCCACACGGGGAGUCGCUUACACCGUUGGCAUCCUGGCGGCGCUCACUCUGCAGACGUCUCGUGAACUAGAACCCAAUGACGAUUCAGAAAACCAUCGUGUGGCCUUGGUCAAGGAAGAAAGGGAAAACAAGGCCUUGCAACCACCAGAGGAGCUCCGGACUUUACAGAGCUCUCGAGUGCUGGCAGCAACAGCCCCCCGAGAGGCUUCCUGGCUCUGGAGAAGGCUGCGUGGGAAAAGGCGACCCGUCACCGGCUUUUGCUUCUUCCUGGCCUUGUCCGUGGCAGCCCUCACCGGCUUCUCCCCAGGCCUCCCAGCCCUGGACCCUGGGCAUCCCGGGGAGGCUCCUCAAUGGGCUGGUCGACCCCUCCGGGCGAGGGAGGCCCUUCCUCUGGGCAGGCUGCGGGCUCUGAGCUCCAGGCAGGGCCAGAAGAUGGCGAGCGGGGGACCUUGGGCAGGGUGGGCCUCCCUGAAGAACUCCAGCUUGGUCUGCCAGGAGGACGGAGGCCUCGGACGCAGAGCAGGCCCCGGCCACCCCCCUCGUGGCAGGCGGGCCAGGAGGGAUGCGGCCGCCGCUGUCCCUGCCGCCCUGGGAGACGCCGGGCCCCCCGGUGACCUGGGCCUGGCCGGGAACGUCCUUCUGGGGAGGAAGGACUCCUGGGGCCAGAGAAGCCGGGGCCCUGCCUGGCACGGCGACCACUCUCCGGAGCUGCCCAUUAAAACAUUCUCUCCUGCUGCCCGACUGAAAGGGGGCAUCGCCUGGACGGCGUCGCCCGCUGGGAAAGCUGCCGUCCCUUCCCUCCUCGAGGGCUUCGCACCCGGGCAGGGUGGGCCGCUCCUGCCUCCUCAGGCAGCCGGGGCUGAGAGAGGGAGUCCAGGGGCCGAGGGGCGAGCGCGUCCCCCUGCCCGGGGCCGGCCGGCCGGCUUGUGGCCAGUGUCUGUGGAGGAACUUCAGGGCUCCGCCUGGUGCGCCGCCGGGCCGCCGGGGAAGGACGAGGUCCCGCCCUGGUUCCCGGAGGAUGACGUGAGGAGGAUGCGGCUGCUGGCCCGCGGAGAGGUGACCGCCAGGGCCAGGGUCCCCGGGCACGGGCAGGUCCUCCGCGUGGGGCUCUCUCUGGAGAGCCUCCGGGGCGCUCCUGCCCGGGAGCUGGGCCAGCUGUGCUCGGAGGGGCUCUGCGGCCUGGUCAAGCGGCCGGAGGACCUCUACGAGGUGCUCGCCUUCCACCUGGACCGCGCGCUGGGGCUGGGCCGCAGCCUGCCCGCCGUGGCUCGACGCCUCCGCAGCCCGCUGCUGCCCUACCGCUACACGAGGGGGCAGCCCCGGCCCGUGGUGUGGUGGGCCCCGGACGUCCGGCACCUGGCCGACGGCGACAACGACCAGAACUCCUUCGCCCUGGGAUGGCUGCAGUACCGGACCCUGCUGGGGCUCCGCUGCGGCGUGGCUGGCACUGGGGCUCCGCUGGGCCAGGCCCCCUGCCUGGGCGUCCGCCACACCGAGUGGGCCCGGCUGGCCCUCUUCGACUUCCUCCUCCAGGUCCAUGACCGCCUGGAUCGCUACUGCUGUGGUUUUCAACCUGAGCCCUCGGACCCGUGUCUGGAAGAAAGACUCCGAGAGAAAUGCCGAAAUCCAGGCGAGCUGCUGCUCGUCCACAUCCUGGUCCGGGAGAGUGACCCGUCUCGCCUGGUAUACAUCGAUAACGCUGGCAAACCCUCGCACCCAGAAUCCAAACUGAAUUUCAGGCUGCUGGAGGGCAUAGAUGGAUUUCCUGAAUCGGCGGUGAAUGUGCUCGCUUCUGGAUGCUUGGAGAACAUGCUGCUGAAAUCACUGAGGAUGGACCCAGAGUUCUGGGAGAGCCAGGGUGGGCAGCAGGGCCUGAAGCCUUUGCUUCGCACCAUUGAGGCGAGAGGGCAGAUCCUGCUGAAAUACAUCCAGGAACACAACUUAACUCUCUUCAGGGAGGAGGCCCAAAAAAGGGAAUGAAUGGUACUCACCUGGGUGAAAAUGGAAUGUGGAGAAAACCUUUGGGACAUCCUGCUCUCUGCAGAGCCUCUGGAUGAGUGGGACAAAGGCUUUCCUGGACUACUGACCCACAGCCACCUUGAGUGCAGGGUCUUUAUCACCUGCCCCAUCUGGGACUCCGGUCACUCCCCCAGGGAUGACGAAACGGGCAAAGCCUUCCGAAAAGGGGGAAGCAACGGAACCCGCCAGGUGAGACGCGAUCCUCUAGACCUGCUCAUGGAGGGCCCCGACGAAGGGCCAAACGGCCACAUUUGUCGGCUGUACCGAAUGGGGGAGGGUGGAGGAGAGGGACGAGUUGAAGACAAUUCCGGGAGAUGA